AUGGAUGAGCAGAGAUAUGUCUACGUCUCUGAUAUCGAAAAACAUCAAGUAAGACGAUAUAAAUUGGACGAGAAGAAUGGCACUCUCGUAGCUGGUGGUAACGGUGAAGGUGAUGAUCUUAAUCAACUCAACGAUCCGAGAUAUCUGUUUGUCAAUCGACAACAGACUGUCUACGUGUCAGACAGCGAGAAUAAUCGUGUAAUGAAAUGGACUAAAGGUGCAACAGAAGGUAUUGUAGUCGCUGGAGGACAAGACCAGGGGAGUGCUUUGACACAAUUAUAUUGGCCUAAUGGACUCUUCGUUGAUACGUUGGAUACACUCUAUGUAGCUGACGAGGGGAAUGAUCGUGUAAUGCGUUGGACUCAAGUAGGCAAGAAACAAGGCACUGUAAUUGUGGGUGGAAACGGUUCAGGAGCAGGAGUAAAUCAGUUCAACGUCCCCGAUGGUUUGUCUUUCGAUCGACAGGGUAAUCUCUAUGUCGUCGAUAAUGAGAAUAAUCGUCUUCAACGAUUUUCUAUUGAAUAA